AUGUCGACGUUAAGCAGUUUUAACGUGAAGACUCUGGAGGAUCUGACGCUGGACUCGGGUUAUGGAGCGGGACACUCGCACGGUUCUCUGAGUCUCGGUUCCUCCUCCACAUCCAGCUCCCGGCUCGUGUCCUCUCAGCCCCGCGCGAGCCGCGACGACAGCUGGGACUCGGUGAGCACGGAGGAGCACGAGGACAUCUUAUCCCGGUGUCCCCGCCUGCCCGAGCUCGAGGACUUUCCGUGGACGGACGAUGAUGUCCAGCGCGUGCUGCGCGGGGUCGCCGGUCAGCUCCAGCCCGAGCGCGCGCCUCCGCUCUUCUCCCGGGACUUCGCGCGCGCCCUAUCCACCGCCGUGCGCCGGCCGCUGUUGCGCGUGGCGCGCGAGGCUCAGCGCUUGAGCGCGCUCCGGUGCAGGUGCACGCGCUUCGAGGUCCAGAGCGCCGCGCGGCUCGCGCUCAGCUGGCCCCUGGCGGACGCGUGCGUGUCGGCGGGUGCGCGCGCCCUCUCCCUGUACAGCAUGAGCGCGGCCGAGCUGCUGCGCGCCGGCAAGUCCACGCGCUGCGGGCUCGCGCUCUCCGUGGGUCGCUUCCACCGCUGGAUGGUGGACACGCGCGUGUCCGUGCGCGUCCACGAGCACGCCGCGAUCUGCCUGGCGUCGUGCGUGGAGACUCUGGUGGAGAGGGUGGCCGCCCGGGUUCUUACGGGGAGUGGGAGUGGUCGCCAGGGUGGCGUGUGGUGCCCGGUGCCUGCUGAUGCCCUGGAGGCCACCGUGAACAGCGACCCUGAACUCUAUGGACUCCUGCAGAACUACGAGCAUCUCAUCAGCUGCAAAAAUGCCAACGGUGAGCUCUCCCUGCCCGCCCACUUCAGUCCCUACGCCGAGGGGUGCGGCCCGGCCUCGGAGAGCAGAGACGCCGCCGGCGUUCACACGGAGCUGAGGAUGCUGGAACAGGCUCUGCUGGCCACCGGUGUAGGAAGCAUCUCUGAACUCAGUGACCUGGUGUCCCGUGCUAUGCGCCACAUGCAGCGCCUGCUCUCGGGGAGAUGCGCCCUCGGUCCAGUGCGUCCCAGCCACGUGCCGCCGCUCUCCUGGUCCCCCGAUGCUCUUCGCACCCUCUACUACUUUUUGCGGAGUUCCCAGAUGGAGUCCACGGAGAACCCCAACCUGGAGCUGCCCAGGAUCGCCCUCAGCAAAGAGAGACCUUUCCCGUUACUGCCCCCUCUGGUGGAGUGGAUGCGCGUGGCGACGGUUCACGCCGAACAUCGGCGGAGUUUGUCGGUGGACAGCGACGACGUGAGACAGGCAGCUCGACUCUUACUGCCCGGACAUGACUGCGAACCCCGGCAGCUUAAACCCGAGUACUGCUUCAGUUCUGUUAAGCGUUUGGACUCAAAGUCUGCCAUAGACAAGUUUAAUCUGGAUUUGGGUUUCCGGAUGCUCAACUGUGGACGGACCGACCUGAUAGGGGAGGCCAUCCAGCUGCUGGGUCCGGACGGAGCGAACACCAUGGACGACCAGGGCAUGACCCCCCUCAUGUACGCCUGCUCGGCAGGGGACGAGGCCCUGGUCCACACGCUGAUCCACGCGGGAGCCAACCCGGACGUCGCGGUUCCGAGCAGCUCUCCGAAACACCCCUCCGUUCACCCCGACAGUCGUCACUGGGUGGCACUGACCUUCGCCGUGCUGUACGGACACCUGUCGGUGGUUCAGCUGCUGUUGGACACGGGGGCGGACGUGGAGGGCCGUGCCGUCAGAAGCGGGCACCAGGGGUCAGCAGAAACACCCCUCCAGCUGGCAUCGGCUGCAGGAAACUAUGAGAUGGUAGAGCUGCUCCUGUCCCGCGGUGCCGACCCGGUGUUUCGGGUGAACAGCGGCGGCGCUUUAACGUCCCUGUACGAGGACAUGAACUGUUUCAGCCAAGCCGCAGCUCACGGACACAGGAACGUGCUGAGGAAGUUACUGAGCCGACCCCAGCGUCCGCAGGAGGACGUGCUCUCGCUGGAGGAGAUCCUGGCCGAGGGGGUGGAGGAGGUACAGGGAGCUAAAAGAUCGGGCCCCGCCUGCGGCGGAGGUGCCGUCCCGCCUCUGACCAGGGCGAGAAUCCGAGCUCUACAGGAGGCCAGCCUUCACAGCGCCGAGCACGGCUACCUGGACGUGACCAUGGAGCUCCGGGCGCUCGGAGUACCGUGGAGGCCGCACGCUUGGCUGGAGUCGCUACGUACCACACAGCUCCAGUGCAGGACUGAGCUGACCCUGUCCCUCCUGAAGGACUUCAGCUCCCUGUGGGAGGAGAAACGUGGCGAGGAAAUGAUCUCAGGAGGCCUGUCGCCGCUCUUCUCCAUCCUCAGAACCAGCCAGCUCGGCGAGGGCUUCUUCCUACAGAACACGUCCGCCACGCUGCAGCGGCGAGACUUCAACGGCAGCCAAGUUCCGGAGGAUCUGCAGGAAGCGCUCGGCACUAGACUCCAGUCCCUGUCCCGUCGGGUCUAAACGGGGUCGUGAAUGUCGGCGCAGCCCUCGGUACCCGUCGAACGCGCACAGUUUUCGGUCUCCGACGUGUCCGUCCGCGAGGAAGUAAAAACGCGGUUCCGUACGAACGAGGCGAACGUGUCAUCGACACGCGUCGGUCGAGGUCGGUCGCCGUGGAUAAAACAGUCGGCGAAAUGCAGAAAAUGUAAACUACUGCCCUGUAGCGGAGAUAUCGGGGAGACUUUAUUCCAAACAUCCCCAAAGAAAAAUACGACUUCAUGACUGUAAAUGAAAGGUUUAUAUAUGUGUAGGAAAAGGUGACGGCUGUAAAUAAAUAGAUUGAAAUGCAUUUCUACGUUUUUUAAGGGUUUCAAGUGAACAUAUACGUAUGUCUUGCACCAGGUUCGCCGGUACUCCAAACUAUGUAAUCGUUAUAGAAAUGAAAGGAUCGAUCGUACAUGACGCUUUAUCAGUAAUAUUAACGCCAUCCUAUAACGUUACCGGUAAGAGCUACGGUGCGGUGACGGCACCGCCCGAGUUCCGAGGGUCUGAAUCCAGAAGGAGCACGUCGGUACGUGAACCCAGCCAUCGUGCGACAUCGGCGCACCGUAAGUGCAGGUCCCGAGGCCGGAUAACUAGGAAGGAUGCGUCAGGAAGAGCGUAUAGAGCAAUACACAGCCAUAAUAAACGACUUACGUCAGCGAGGUAUUCAAUCCGAUCGUAUUCAUCAACGUCGUAAUUUUUCGUCGUGGCCUUUCCGGUCCGGAUCCGCCAGGCCGACGGAAUGAAAAGCACGUCGCGAUCCGGGAUAAGAAAAGGAUCUAUCGGGGUCGGGUGCGGCCCAGAACGGUCGCCAGGCUUCGACGCCAUCUCGUGCACUACUAGAAGUGAGCGUGUGUCCAAAACGAAGGUCAGCACGUCAUUUCACUCCCUGCAUCUCUGAAGCAGCGGGUCAGUGACGGUCACUCAGGAAAUCUUCCAUGUGCUCUAUAACCUGAAGCGCUGCAGAUGUCGGACGCGGUCAUUUCCGGACGAGUCCGAGCUCUCCGUGAGAUGUGAGCGCUGCCGAUCGGCAGAUCUCUACGUCGCAGGCGGGCACGAUGAGGCCACGCGGAGGCGGGUGGUGUUCGAGAGCGUGGUCUCAUAUGGAAAAAAAACGUAAACCAUCUCGACCACGUUGACUCUCUGUGUACAAUGUAAAGCAUUCGAUGAGGUUUUUAUGUAUCGUAUUAAUGGAAGUGUGUGUCGUUUGUGUAAUCCAGUGAGUUUAUGUAUAUCGUUCUUCAACGUUCACAGUAUAAGUGUGUAAAUAAAAACGUGGGUUACUGUGUGUA